AUGGCUUUGGUUAUGGAACCCAUCAGCAAGUGGACGCCCAAGCAGGUGGUGGACUGGAUGAAAGGGCUCGAUGACUGUCUCCAGCAAUAUAUAAAGAACUUUGAAAGGGAAAAGAUCAAUGGAGAUCAGCUUUUACACAUUACGCAUCAAGAGCUUGAGGAGUUAGGUGUCACACGCAUUGGCCAUCAGGAACUUAUCUUGGAAGCAGUUGAUCUGCUGUGUGCGCUGAACUAUGGACUAGAGACCGAAAACCUCAGAACACUUUCCCACAAGCUGAAUGCCUCAGCCAAAAACUUACAGAAUUUUAUAACAGGCAGACGGAGGAGUGGCCAUUAUGAUGGCAGGGCUUCCAGAAGGUUGCCGAAUGACUUCCUUACCUCAGUGGUUGACCUCAUUGGUGCUGCCAAGAGCUUAUUGGCCUGGCUAGACAGGUCUCCGUUUGUUAGCGUAACGGAAUACUCACUUCUGAAAAAUAACAUUGUUCAGCUGUGCCUGGAACUAACAACCAUUGUGCAGCUGGAUUGCACAGUUUAUGAAACUGAAAAUAAGAUUCUCCAUGUGUGUAAAACAUUAUCAGGGAUCUGCGAUCACAUUAUCUCACUUUCAUCGGACUCCCUGGUGUCACAGUCUGCACAUCUUGAAGUUGUCCAUCUAACGAAUAUCAUGCCCAGUGAGGGUUUGGGUAUGUACAUCAAAUCAACCUAUGAUGGCCUACAUGUCAUUACAGGAACCACUGAAAAUUCUCCUGCAGACCAGUGCAAGAAGAUUCAUGCAGGGGAUGAAGUGAUUCAAGUCAACCAUCAAACUGUGGUGGGUUGGCAGCUGAAGAACCUCGUCAAUGCACUCAGAGAAGAUCCCAAUGGGGUUAUAUUGACUUUGAAAAAACGACCACAGAACACACUCACUUCCGCCCCUGCUCUGCUGAAGAAUGUAAGAUGGAAACCCUUAGCCCUACAGCCAGUUAUUCCUACAAGUCCUACAAGCAGCUCUACAACACCAACUAGCACCAUUGGCAUAUCAUCAAAAUAUGACAGUUCCACCCUUCAUGAUGUCUUUAUUCUAUCUCCCCUGUCAGGAAUCUACGGUCCCAGGGAUGAAUUGGGGAUAUUGCCUUGUGACGACAUUGGCAAGUAUGGGAUGGCAAAGUCUGGGAUGAAAGGUUCUGAAUCUUCCAGUUACUUUCUGGACCAUGAAAGUGGAAAAUAUUACACAUUAAUGGAAGGAGAAGGUUUGCCUAUGAGUUCUGAAUAUGAGAGAGGGAGAGCAACUGGUAUCCGGAGAAGAGAGAAAACACCAACUCAUGGUGACUUGAGGCCUGUAUCCAUGCCAACAGAGUACAGUUGGCUGGGAGAAUCCAAGGAGCCCAGUACAUAUAAGCGAGACUUCAGAAGAGAGGAUUCACUUCUACGAUAUCUGAGUGAUGAUAAAAUUCUGAUCAUCCAAGAGGAGCCUAUGACACAGAGGGACAGCAAGAGAGAUACAAGCAGGAGCUCAAGGAGGAAGAAGAACCCAGGAAGCCCCAGCUACCCUAUUAGUCCCUCAGUAUUGACAGCCCCUGUGAGACUUGAUCCCACUUCUCAGGAUAUCUUGAAUUUUCCACUGCCUGAAAGCAACACGGUGCCUCUCUAUCAUUCUUUUCAUUAUGCCUCUCUGAGGUCAAAAACCAAAAAGAGACCCAAAGGUUCUCUAACCGGUGGCAGCAGGAGGCGGAUUUCCUGUAAGGACUUAGGCCAUGGAGACUGUGAGGGCUGGCUGUGGAAAAAGAAAGAUGCCAAAGGAUAUUUCACUCAGAAAUGGAAAAAAUAUUGGUUUAUUCUGAAGGAAGCUUCACUCUACUGGUACACAAAUCAAAAUGAUGAAAAGGCUGAGGGAUUCAUCAGCUUGCCGGAGUUCAGGAUAGACAGGGCUAUUGAAUGCAGACGGAAAUAUGCCUUCAAGGCCUGUCAUCCGAAAAUUAAGAGCUUCUACUUUGCAACCGACUGCUUGGAAGAAAUGAACAGGUGGAUGAAUCGAUUGGGAUUAGCUGCUAUUGGGUACACACCUGAUGAUAAGGUGACCAGACCAGAUGAAGACUACUGGAGUGAAAGCGACCAAGAGGAUGCCAAUGAUUCCUUAACUGUAAAAGCGGAGGGCCCUUCAGCGGUGUGUGACACGUAUCCCCGGACACCAUCAGUUAAUUCUUCAAGUCCCUUCCCAGAAUCUAAACACGGACGACAUUUCUCAAGUGAGUCAACGUACUCGCAUUCAUCUGCUGAGGAUUCACGGCAUGAUGCAUCAGGAAGUACCCAUUCAUCUGGCUGUAGAUCUUCAUACAGAGAGAGGCGGUCGUGGCAGGACCUGAUUGAAACCCCUCUAACCAGUUCAGGGUUGCAUUUCCUGCAGACUGUCCCUCUGGAAACGGAUUAUAUCCCUAGUAGAACAGGCCUAAUGUCACCUGAAAGAAGACGGCAGGCAACAUUGCCCGUUCAGAGACGCCAUAACCAUGACCGCGAUGGGCCUUUUCCACUGGUGGAAUGUGAACGGGGACCUGGAUCUCACAGUAGAGGAUGUAAACAACGUAGCCAGAGCCUCCCAAGGAAUAGGGAAGCAAGAAUAAAAGGGCAUAUGCUCCCUCCCGGACUUGCUGAGGAGAGAUCUGAGGAUGAUGAGAUCCAAUGUAUCAAGCAAAAUGGCGCAAAUAAACCAGAAAGUACAGCAGAAGACAGAAGAUCUACAGAUGGGUUACAGGAGCUGUACAGGUCCCUGGAGCAGGCCAGUCUGUCUGCAAUCGGAGAGCAGCGUCCUUCCACCAAACAAGAAUUCAGAAGGUCAUUUAUAAAAAGAUGUAACGAUCCAGUUGUCAAUGAAAAAUUGCACCACAUUAGGAUGCUGAAGAGUACACUAAAGGCGAAAGAAGGAGACCUGAUGAUUAUCAACCAGAUUCUUGAAGAUCCCUACUUGACAUCCAAAAAAUUUAAAGAGUGGAAACAGCUGAAUCAUGAGUUUUUCUUGGACAUUUGUGGGUACAGUGCUGUUAUGAAGCCGCAAAAUGGUGCGUCUGAACUGGUAUUACCAGCACCACUCUUGACACACACACAUUCAUUCAUCGAAACUCACGUGUGAACCAAUUUGUAACUGGAGCACACUGCCCAGCAGACAGCAGCACCUCGCCAUGCUAUCAAACCUUUAGCAUCCAUAUUGUAUAUUUGUACAUAAUAUAUUCAGCAGUAUUCUUGUACAUAAAUUGGAUAACAGAAUAGUGUCACAGGAUGCCUAAUAUGUGCAUGAGAUAAUGUCUGUAUUCUGUUUAUUCCAAAACCUUUUCUUUGUUUCUGUUGACCAACACAAUGUGCUUUCAACUUUGCAUUUGAAAGGACAGGUGGUAGUGUUUAUAAAAAUUAUAAGUACACACAUACUGUAUAUGUUGUACUAAAAAAAAGCUAAGCUUUUAGUCAACAGCACCUAUAUGUUCCAACAGUUUUAUACUGACAACUUAACUCACCCCGUCCAAAUGAAUAAUACUGAUGACAAGUGGUUGAUAAUAAUCUCUGGUAAACCAGAGUGGAAUGUCUUAAUCUACUCACAGUUUUAGGUGAACAUUCAUUUUUAUGUAGGCAUUGAACAUACAAAUUGCUGAAUGUAUGUAAAGUAUGUAAAGUUUUGCUAGUGUAACACUGAAUGAACAAGAGUAAUUUUUGAUGUCCCUUUGAAAACAACCCAGCUUUUAUUAAAAUUAUAGCUAAAAGCUGUAUAUGAAAAUAACUAAAAAUAUACAAGUAUUAAUAUUUAUAUAUGACUCCUUGCUCACAAUUUUUUAUACUGUUGCUGGUUAAAAGAAAUACAUUGACUUAAAACUGAUAUACCUGGGGCCCAGAGGCUGGUGGAUGAUCUGUUGACACAUUCAAGGUGAUUGACUAAAAUGUCAUGUUCAAGUUUUGUAUCAAUAUUAACUGUGUAUGGUAAGCUGACAGAAGUUGGUUCUGGCUCCCAGGGUAAUUAUUCUAACUAUAUGCAAGUAGACAGAAGACUUGUUAGACCACACUGUACCUUUAAAAAAACACAAUAGUAAGACUUAUCUAAAUACAUUAUUCUGUUGUCAUUUGUUGUCUUUAUUGCUUGCACUUUACCUGCACCAUUAACUGUAGGCUGAGGGGAAGGAGUGUACUGAAACUGUGAUAAUACUCAUUUGGGUCACUUAAUGUCAACUGACUUCCUUAUCAGUGUUUAAAGACCUCAUUGAGUCUUUUUAGCCAUGCAAAUUUGAGAAUGUAAAUUUAGUACGUUUUUGAUUUGAAAUCAAUAGACAACAUGUAUCAGUUAUUAACAGCAUUUAACUCACCUGGUUUACUUUUUGUGACUACAAGUAGGAGGUUUUUUGGCAUAUGUAGGUUUCCAUUGUAUGUUUCUCAUUGUGUGUACAUGGUACAUUGCACAGUUGUAUGAGUUGUAAGUUGCACUGCAACAAUAAAAAGGAAAAUUUAACUUUUUUUUGCAAUGCUAUGGUUAACUAUUAACAUGUGUUCUGUGCAUCAUUGGAAGCAAUUAUUCUUCAUGAUUUAAAGGUAGUCCUUUUUGAACAAAUUGUAAGCCUGAGUUGUAAAACUUUUGACUUCAUUAAAUUAAAUUCUCUGUGA